CGUGCAGAGGGAGGAUGAAAGGGAUGCUGUAGACUGGGCAUGUGAUUUGUGAGAUUGUGGGUGUGGCUCCAUCAUGGAGGUGAAAAAGGAUGAGGGUGGACCAUCUGGGGAUUCCUUUAAGCAAGGCUGUCACAGGACUGCCAUUGUGGCCAGCUUUGUACUUUUCCUCAUUAUUGGGGUCUUUGUGGGAUUGCUUACGACAUACCUUGUGCAGGAACAGCACAGCUUCAUGGAGACAGUGGAGCUGAAGGGUCUGAACUAUGAUCCAGCUCUGCAAAAUAUAAACUCUGGGUUCUCCAUAAUGCUGUCUACAGUCCUAAAGUCUAAGAUAAAAAAUAUAUUUUCAGCCUCAGCUAUUUCUCAUCAUUACACUGAUUGUAUUAUUUUGGCCUAUGGAAAUAUUAACGGAGGGGUCAUGGUGACUUUUCGACUGAUAUUUAAAAAUUCAAAGAUUCAGCAGUAUUCUGACAAUUAUGUCCUGGACUUGCUCAGAGUUGGGCUCAACUCAGUAAUGCAUGGCCAGCCACUAGAGGUGCCACAGUUUGGGCAGAUCAAAGCUAUCAUCUUACUAGGAGCCAGUGGAAAAUCAUUUUAUCCCAUUGGGAAUGACAUUAAUGCCAGGUGCCCCGAUAACACCUUCACUUGUGAUAAUGGCGAAUGUUUGACCAAACUGAAUCCAGAAUGUGAUUUUCUACCAGACUGUGCAGAUGAAUCUGAUGAAGCACGCUGUUCAUGUGGGACUCGUCCUGCCAUGGGGAGUCGUGUAGUGGGUGGAGAAGACGCCAGACACGGAGAGCUGCCAUGGCAGGUCAGUCUGAGGCUGCAUGGUCGACACACCUGUGGAGCCUCCAUCGUCAAUGAACGCUGGCUUGUCAGUGCAGCACAUUGCUUUGAGAGGGACAAAGAUCCCAAAGAGUGGACAGCACUUGUAGGGGCCCGUCUGGUGAGUGGUGAGGAGUCUGAGUCUAAAUUGGUCAACAUCAAGUCACUGAUAGUGUCUCCAGAUUACAACCCCAUGACCACGGACUUUGAUGUUACUGUUCUGGAGCUGGAAACUCCCCUUAUCUUCAGUCCUUACAUUCAGCCAGUCUGUCUGCCUUCUGCAUCUCAUGUGUUCUCCCCUGGACAGACCUGCAUGGUGUCAGGAUGGGGAGCACUUAACCAGUUUAGUCCUACGGUGCCCACCAAUCUGCAGAAGGCAGUGGUGAAGGUCAUUGACUCUGCAAUGUGUAAUAAGACAUCAGUGUACAGAGGAGCAGUCUCUCAUAACAUGAUGUGUGCUGGCUUCCUGCAAGGCAAAGUGGACUCCUGUCAGGGUGAUUCUGGAGGGCCUUUAGUGUGUGAAGGAGCCCCAGGCAGAUUCUUCCUGGCUGGAGUGGUCAGCUGGGGCAUAGGCUGUGCACAAAUCAACCGACCUGGAGUAUAUUCACGGGUAACCAAGCUUCGAAACUGGAUUUUGAGCUACACCGAAUCAGAGGUGCCCCAUGAAAAGCCAAUGUUGGACACCAGUUUGCAAGCCACUGUUUCCGAAGAGACUUUCUACAAUGCACCUGAUCCUUGGACAAUAGCUUUGGAUAUGCUGUCUGAUACAUCACUUUUUGUUUCAAAUUGUACUGCGAAUUUCCAGUGUAGUGCCACUAUGUGCAUAAACAAGGUAAACCCAGAAUGUGAUGGGGUUGUUGACUGUCCUAACCAGGCAGAUGAACAUAACUGUGAUUGCGGUAUGCGUCCAGCAUUAGGUUCUCAAAGGAUUGUGGGUGGAGUAACAGCCCGAAGAGGUGAGUGGCCCUGGAUUGGCAGCCUCCAGUACCAAAGGCUUCACAGAUGUGGUGCUACUCUUAUUCACAGCAAGUGGCUGUUGACAGCAGCACACUGUUUCAAAAGUGACUCAAAUCCCAAUAAUUGGGCAGUUAUCCUAGGAUCUGUGCUGCGCUCUGGGGUAGGAGCCCUUGUCAUUCCCAUUCAGAGGGUCCUUAUUCAUCCACACUUCAACAACACCAACAUGAACUAUGAUGUGGCUCUUUUGGAGCUGUCUAUGUCUGCACCAAUGUCCUACACUAUACAGUCCAUAUGCCUGCCCUCUGCAGUGCACCGCUUCAUGACAAAAGCUGAGUGCUACAUCACUGGAUGGGGGUCAAUGAGGGAGGGAGGCUCCCUAACUAACCUACUGCAGAAGGCUACUGUGAACAUCAUUGACCAGGCAGAGUGCCAACUCUCUUAUGGAAAUGUGCUCUCUCCAAACAUGAUGUGUGCUGGGUACAUGGAGGGGGGCCGGGACACUUGCUUGGGAGACUCAGGAGGACCACUUGCAUGUCGUGAGCCUUCAGGCCAGUGGUUUAUUGCUGGAGUAACUAGUUGGGGCCAUGGCUGUGGAAGAAUAGGUUAUCCUGGUGUAUACACACGAGUGACUUCAAUUAGGAAGUGGAUCUCUACAAAUGUGCAUUUGUGAUGAACAAGGAGCCUCUUAAGGACACAUCUUUGAGGUCUAUAUGAACCAAAGUUUUUUUUUAAUGUGACGUAAGGUCAUGGGUGCUCUACAAACUUUUCUGUGCAAUUAUGCCACCUGGGACAAUCUAAAGUGCACUGAAAAACUAAGACACAGGACUUUCUUUGUACAUGUGUAUUUAUUUCAAUUAUUUAUUUACCAGACUCUUAUCAUCUUCACGUUUUGUACAGGCAGUGGAUUAUUAUUACAAAGAGUUAAAAAAAAAAAUCACUUUUACUCCCAUGUCAAUAUUUUAGAGGUUUAGGUUCCACUCCUGUGGAAACAAUGCAAGUACAGAGCCGUUGGCCCACAAUUACACAUAAUAUAAAGGCCCAUUCAUAUCUUAUCAAUAACAUACAAUAUUCAAGGAAGACUCCAUGGAUACAAGCCCACCAAUGUGAUGGCAGGACACAAAACUGUAUUGUUCUCCAAGUAUGCUUUUGAGAGGGACAGGAACUGGUUUGGGGGUUGUAGGUCUCACUUUUCAGAUGUCUUUUCUGAUGUCUCAGUAGAAGCAUGCCUGACAAAUUUCACUACACUCCUUUAAGCUCCAAAAAUUUU